GUCGUUGGCUGGCGUUGGUAUAACGUGUGUUUUGGUUCGGUGGCUGUUUGGGGUGAAGGAAAGAAGGAAGGGGCUCCUUCGAAGUAAAGAAAGACUGGUUUUGCGAAAAGCGUCGUCGUCGCCGUGGUCGUGGUUGUUGUAUGGUGCGCAGUCGCAGCGUCGUUUUUACGGGGGCCCCAAUGCAAGGCGUCUCUCGUCGUUUCUCUCCCCCUCCCCGGAGCAAAACAACGGAUUCUGCACAGUGCACAUUGCAUUACGCCGCGGGAGUCGGUAUACUACAUCAAAUCGUUACUAUAUAUUUCAGCCGGAACACACACGUUAAACACCUUUUAAAUUUUACAAAUUAAAUUAUAAAUAAUCCGUGUUUGUUAGUUUAAUACGUACCUACUUACCAGUUUGUUUUCGACGUUAAAAAAAAGAAGCAGCGUUUUCGAAAAGUGCGUUUGUGUGUUGUUUUGCGAUUUUCUUUUUUUUUUGGAAUUCUUUUUUAACGACCUAAGGCAAUCUUUUUACGAUUAAAAUUUUCGUUGUUCCGUCGCGCGGACGGAUGAAGAUGUUUUUGUUUGUUGAUGUGAAUUAAAGUGUAUGAAGAAACGUUAUAAAUAAAAAGUGCGUAAAGUUAGUGGUAGGUAAAUGAAACGUUACUUUGUAAUCAAAAAUUAAAACGAAUAACAUUGAGGUAUGAUAAUAAUUUGCAAUAAAAGAAAUUUGUGUUGAAGAGGACGUUAAAAAUAGUCAUCGAAACAUUUUAAAAUUAUUGGCAACGAAUUGGCACCGCUGCCGCUUCGAGAGUUCUUUUUGAAUUCUUUUUGCAUUCGCUCUGUUGCCGGUUAGGAUUGCGCAUUGGGUUCGAGGCUAAAAACCGUGCGCGUCUGUGUGUGAACCCCAUAAGCGCCGGUCACGUUGUGACGUUUGUCCCUCUUAUAAAGGUGUUGUUGCGGCCGCCAUUUUUUUAAUGCCAAAUUAACAUUUUUUAAAUUCGCAAAUAGCUAUGGCAGAAGGUAAUGGUGAGGUCCUGCUUGAAGAGUCAAUGAAGAUAGAAAUCGAUACGGAGAGAACGGAAGACUACCACAAGCUGAUUGAGUAUGGCCUCGAUGAAAAGGUGGCCGCUAAAUUGGACGAAAUUUACAAAACGGGCAAAUUGGCCCAUGUUGACCUGGACGAUCGCGCUCUCGACGCCCUCAAGGAGUUCCCCGUUGAUGGCGCGCUCAAUGUUCUCGGGCAAUUUUUGGAUUCGAACCUCGAACACGUUUCGAACAAAUCGGCGUACCUUUGUGGCGUAAUGAAAACUUACCGGCAGAAGAGCAGAGCCGGUUCCAGCCAAAGUACCGCAACACCGGCUCCCGCGCCAGUCAAAGGUCCCGAUGAAGAAAAAAUUAAACAAAUUUUGGAAAGAACUGGAUAUACAUUAGAUGUUACAACAGGACAAAGAAAAUAUGGUGGGCCACCUCCAGGUUGCGAUAGUACACCACCAGGACCUGGUUGUGAGGUAUUCUGUGGGAAAAUUCCAAAGGAUAUGUACGAAGACGAGUUAAUACCACUGUUUGAAGAAUGCGGCACAAUUUGGGAUUUGCGGCUAAUGAUGGACCCGAUGACGGGAACGAAUCGGGGCUACGCUUUCGUUACAUUUACCACUCGCGACGCCGCGCAACUUGCUGUGCAAAAGCUCGAUAAUUACGAAAUCAAAUCCGGCAAGACUCUGAAAAUAAACAUUAGUGUUCCGAAUCUUCGGCUUUUUGUGGGCAACAUACCAAAGUCUAAAGGCAAAGAGGAGAUACUGGAAGAGUUCGGUAAAUUAACAGCUGGUCUUAUGGAGGUGAUCAUAUACAGUUCUCCGGAUGACAAAAAGAAGAACCGCGGCUUUUGUUUUUUGGAGUACGAGUCUCAUAAGGCUGCCUCUUUGGCAAAACGUCGAUUGGGCACCGGCAGGAUUAAGGUUUGGGGCUGUGACAUCAUAGUCGAUUGGGCCGACCCACAGGAAGAACCAGACGAACAGACCAUGUCGAAGGUUAAAGUACUUUACGUGCGCAAUUUGACUCAGGAUAUUUCUGAGGAAAAAUUGAAGGAGUCUUUCGAACAGUAUGGUAAAGUUGAGCGUGUUAAGAAAAUUAAGGAUUACGCGUUUAUUCAUUUUGAGGAUCGUGAAAAUGCCGUUAAGGCGAUGGAAGAAUUAGAUGGUAAAGAAAUGGGUGGUUCAAAUAUAGAAGUGUCUUUAGCAAAACCUCCGUCCGAUAAAAAGAAAAAAGAAGAAAUUUUGCGUGCCAGAGAAAGGAGAAUGAUGCAAAUGAUGCAAGUUCGUGGCGGGAUGAUGCCAGGGGCGAUGCCAAUUCGAGGACCGCCGGGACAAGGUGGCCCAAGGACUAGCGCAGGAAUACGCGGGCCGAUGGGUCGUGGGGAUUAUGAUUAUGAUUACGACUAUUACGGUUAUGGGGAUUAUCGAGGCGGCUACAGUGACCCCUAUUACGAUGACUAUUACCGUUACGAGGAUUACUAUUACGAUUAUCCGCCUGCUCCGCCGCAAGCACGAGGACGAGGCCGUCAGCCACAGCCGGAACUGGAGGAAGCGAGCACAACGAGUGUGUACUUCGAAAGUGGAACACAGGUUGGCCGUGGACGUGGGGUGGUGGCACGUGGCCGGGCCGGUGGGCCCCCAGCCCGUGGGGCGGCGGCGGUGGCCAACAGAGCGGGCCGGGCCGGAGCAGCCGGGGGGCGUGGGGCAGCACGUCAGCCCGCUCGUGGGGGGGCCCGCGCCAAGGGAAGUUUACCAGCAGGUAAGCGAAAAUUUGACGGGGGUCACCAGAAUCAGGGGGAGUCAAAGCGCAGAUACCAGAGCACGUGGGGCAACCAGCCCUUAGCGCAGCAGCCGUUGGGGUCAGCGGUGGGCGUCAACGGAGGUGAACAGCAAUGGUACCAAGACUCGUACUCGUCUUGGAGCUAAAAAGGGAUAAUAGUAGUGAUGGUGUGACGCGUGAGUGCAGGACAGAUAGACUGAUGAUGAGAGAGCACCGGAAUUUUGAAAUUGAAAAAAGAAAAAAAUAAUAUAUGAAGAACGAAAAUACGAAAUGAAUUAUUAUAAUAAUAACAAGAAGAAAAAGGUUUUUUUUCAUACGGAAUUUAUAAGAAAAGGGAGUUGAAAGAAAAAACGGAACAAAAAAAUGUUGGAAAAGUUUGAAAAUUGAAAGUUUCUUUUUGAAAAUCGCGAAUAAGUGUGAAUGUUGAGUGUGAAUGGGAGUGAGAGAACGUGGAAACAAAAGGAGAAAAGUGCAGUGGCGGCCCUGCGUCUGGGCGGCAUCGAUAAUUAAUUAAUUAUUUAUCGGCCGAAUGGUGUCCCCAACAAAAAAAAAUUAAUCAACCAUUUCUUCUACUCUGCACUCGUCGUCGAAUUCGUCGCGUUUUUUUAAAUAACGAUGAUAACAAUUAUUGUUGAUUUGGUUCUUUUUUUAGUAUAUUUUCUAUAUAUAUAUAUUUAUAUGUAUAUGACUAUAUGAUGGUAGAACAAACCUUUGUAUGUGUCGUACAUGUUGGAAAUCAUGUUGGAUUUUUUGUGUAUCGAAAUUACUUUUUAAUUUCUGUUUUCCCCUGUUUGGAAGUUUUUAAAAUCUUUUGUAAUUUGUUUAAAAAUGAAAAGAUAAAAUUAAAUUUGUGUAAAAGUUUUGAUUGUUGUUAUCAGAGAAAUUUUAAUAUGAAAUGAGACAAAAAUUAUUAAAUUAAAAAAAAAAUCAUUUAUUAUUAUUAAUGAUGCUAAAAUUAAUAAUUUUUUUGAUUAUUAAUGGGAAUCUGCGUCCCUUAUUCUGGGAGACGACAUCGUGGGGGCGCAAAACCUGCAAACGUUAUAGUCUUUAUGUUAUUAUUUACAAUUAUUAGUAAUUUUUUGUCUGUCUAAUCUAAUCUACAUCUUUUUUUUUAUUAAUUAUUUCGUUUUUGGAGAUAGAAAAGAAAGAAAAAUCGAUCGACGCCAUCACCGCUCAAGUCACCAGUGCCAAUAAAAAAAAAAUGGGGAGACUUGAGAUUGUGGGGUUGUUGUUAAGACACAAAAAAGUGGUACGAACAAGUAGUUCUUUUCUAAUUAAUACAUACAAAAGGAUUUUUUUAAAAACACGAAAUCACAUUAAAAUGUAAGUUAUUACUUUUGUAUGUAUUUGAGAUAGAAAGCGUUUAGGGGCAUAUGUUGAGCGUUUUAGGUGGUCCUAAACGAUUUUUAUGUUGAAUAAAAAAAUGUUUAAAAAGUGAAUUUCUAAAAUUUCUACUAGUACUACUUUUUUAUUUUAAUUAUUAUAUUAUUACGAUGUAUAUUAUUAUUAUUAUUAUAUUUUUUAUUCCUGCAAAAUGCAUUUUGCAUUGUGAUGUAUUUUAGCGGUAAUUUUUAAGGAGUUACUUACGUACUUCCACUAUUAAGUUUUUUUAAACGGAAAUAAGUUCAACAUAAAUUAAUUAAUAACAACUCUGAACAUAGCUCCGAUACGAAUUUACAGCUAAAAGACACAUCUGCAAUCUUUUACCGUACUGUUCUAUUAAUUUUUUUUGUAGCGUUAAUUUUUAAUUAAUUUUUAAUAAACCCUUUUUUCUUCGCCGUUUUGCGACAGUAAUUACUAUUAUAUAUACAUAAUUAUAUAUCGGUUUUGCUUUUUUUGCUUCCCUUUUAAAAAGAAAAGAAUAAUAAUAAGAACCACAUUAUAAAAAAAAUCAUAUUUACCCCCUCUUAAUUGACGAUGACACAUUAUUUUCGUAGUGUGAUGUAGUUUAAUAAAACGCAAACAAAAAAGUAAAAAAAUUCUGUAAUGCUACUAUAUAACUAAGAAACGAGCAAGAAAACAUCUUAAUAACAUUCAAUUUACUACAGCAAACAGAAAGGAGAUUUUUAAUGAAUGAGAAGUGAACACUUUGAUACCGUUGGUGGUCUUACUUUCCAUAAUAUAUUUUUUAAUUAAUGUCUUCGGAGCUAAAACUAGGAGGCUUCGGAUUUGGAAUUGUUAUAUUUACGACCCUUCGAGAGGACUGAUUUAUUAUAAUGUCUCAAUAAACAGUUGUAUGUGUAUUACAUUUUAA